AUGCCUCUUUCCCUCCUCUUGUCCCCAGGGUACAUCCACAGUUACAUCAGCCCAUCUGUGUACGAGAACGGAGCAGAGAGGCAGAGUGGUCUCGGGACCCCCGACCCUGUCUAUACCAAAGUCAACGAGGUGUAUGGAGACCCCGAGGGGCUGGAGCCCGACAGCCCGCAGUCGGGGCUCACCACCGGCUACUUCAGCGGGGAGGCGGCGGCAGUCAGCGAGGGCUACAGCAUGGACGCCUUCUUCAUCACGGACGGCCGGUCGCGGAAGCGUCCCGAGAGCGUGCCGCGGGAGCGCGCCCAGCGCCACACGUGCAGCGAGUGCGGCAAGACGUACGCCACCUCGUCCAACCUGAGCCGCCACAAGCAGACCCACCGCAGCCUGGACAGCAAGCUGGCCCGCAAGUGCCCCACCUGCUCCAAGGUCUACGUCUCCAUGCCCGCUCUGGCAAUGCACGUCCUCACCCACGACCUCAAGCACAAGUGCGAGACGUGCGGCAAAGCCUUCAGAGAUGAUAGAAGGGCAUCCAUCUCUAAAAUACAUUACACAAAAUUGUUGUGGCAGAACCUGAAAUACCUUUCUUCCCUGGCCUGGGUCUACAGGUGUCCACACCAGGUUCUUCUUGCAGGCAAGAAGAGCAGCUUCCUUGGUUUCAUGGACACGGUGUUCCCUGGUUGGGAGAGGCUGUGGGCCCACAUGUGCACCUGCUACAUAUACUUCCAGUUCUUGGUCCUCAAUGGUGACUGA